AUGUUUGAGAAUUUAAAGGCAUUUAUUAGACAUGGUAGACAGGCUAAUGAUAUGAAGAGAAAACCAGGUGCUGCACCAUACGCUACUGCUUCCGAAAACCCAUUUGGAUCAGGAUAUCAAAUUGUCGAUGGAGCUGGCGUCAACAGCAACGGCAGUCCAUCAGAUUUGCAAUAUCAGCAGUAUCAACAGCAGUUUGAGCAACAGCAACAAGUGUCAAAUGGAUCAGAUGGUGCUUAUGCUUAUGCUACUCCUACUUAUAGUGCUGGUGGUAACCAAUCAGACGUUACUUUGAACGAACCACCUCAACAGCAACAGCAACAGCACCAGACUACUCAGGAUUAUGAUAAAGUAGCUACUCAGCUUGUUGAAGAGGAAAACUUGCAAAAAUCGAAAUACAAGACGUAUAAAAACUUGGAUAAUUAUGAAGUAUUGGAACAAAUGGGUGAAGGUGCUUUCUCCAUUGUCAAUAAAGCAAUUCAUAAACCAACCGGUAAAGAAGUUGCCAUUAAGAUUUUACGUAAAUUCCAAAUGGACCAGCAACAAAAACAAGCUGUAUUGAAAGAAGUUACCAUUAUGCGUCAAUUAAAUCAUGCCAAUGUUGUUUCGUUUAUUGAAUUUAUUGAUUCGCCCGAUUAUUACUACAUUGUUCAAGAAUUAGUUUCAGGUGGAGAAAUUUUCACCAUGAUUGUUAAAUAUACUUAUUUAUCUGAAGAUUUAUCACGUUGGAUUAUCACUCAAGUGGCUCAUGCUAUUCGUUAUUUACAUGAAGAAGUUGGUAUUGUUCAUCGAGAUAUUAAACCCGAAAACUUGUUAUUUGAACCGAUUGACAUUGUUCCCAGUGUUAAUCCAAUUGCCAAGUUACGGAAAAGUGAUGACCCAAAUACUAAAAAGGAUGAGGGUGAUUUCACACCUGGUGUAGGUGGAGGAGGUAUUGGAAUUGUUAAAUUGGCCGAUUUUGGAUUAUCGAAACAAAUUUGGGAACAUAAUACCAAAACGCCGUGUGGAACUGUGGGAUAUACAGCACCAGAAAUUGUGAGAGAUGAACGAUACUCUAAAGAAGUUGAUAUGUGGGCAAUUGGAUGUGUAUUGUAUACUUUGCUUUGUGGAUUCCCACCCUUUUAUGAUGAACGAAUUGAGACUUUGACUGAAAAAGUAGCCAAGGGACAAUUUACAUUUUUGCAACCUUGGUGGGAUGAAAUUAGUGACGGGGCUAAAAACUGUGUUUCGAAUUUAUUAACUGUUGACCCAAAAAAGAGAUACACUAUUGAUGAAUUCUUGCAAGAUCCAUGGAUGAAACAACAAACCGGUACCAUACCACAACCUGAAACCACAACCACCACUGAAGCCCUUCCACAACACGUUAAGAAGUCACAUCCUAUUCAAUCACAAAAUAGCAAUACUAAUGCUGCUAAAUAUUCCAAAAAGUCUCGUUUGCAACAGCAAUCCUUCAGUCAAGAUCUUUAUUCACCAGCAGCAGUUGCCUUGCGUGAUGCAUUUGACAUAUCCACUGCAGUUCAUCGUAUGGGUGAAGAAGCUGCAUUGUCCAACAAGCAUGGUGGUGCUGGUGGAUUAGCCAAUGUGGAAGAUUUGAUUGAGGAAGAAGAAGAAGAAAAUGAAGAGGAUGUAACUGGAAGUGGAAGAGUCUUGCAUCAUCGUUAUAACAGUAACAACAAAGGUACUAAUGGUGCUGCUGCUUCUUCAACUAUACCUAGAUCGAGUAAUCGUCGUCAUCAACAACAGAAUUUAAUCAAACCUAAAGGAGGAUUCGAUUUGAAUUUGGGUGGUGCUUCGAUCAUUGAAAGAAGAAAGAAUAAGCAAAUCCCUAUUCAAAGUAGCUAG